CAGCUCUGCUCUGAGCCAGUGAAACCUCAAAAACCGAGGCCAAUUUUGGAUCCUAAGACACUGCAGGUAAAAUUUAUCCAAAUCAACAAGAAAUACCAUUUGUAAGUUUCUCUAAUUUAACAAAAAACAAAAUAAAAAGCCUGCACGUUUUAGCCAUAUAUAUUACUUCUGCAUCAUUUUUUUUUUUUGUAUUUUUAUACAUGCAUUGGACCUUAUCUCUGGUGGCGCAUCCCCCUCACCACCUCCUUUGCCAGACACCACCCACCCCCCUUAUCCCCUAUUUCCUCCACCUUCAGAGACCCCCCACUCCUAAUAUUAUAAUUCUGUCGUUCCAAAAAUUUAAUUUACUUCUUUUCAUUACUUCCAAGUUUCAAUAGAUACAUAUUAUAUAUAUGAAGAACGUUCUUGUUUCUCUUUCCCCGUAACCUAUCAGAUAUCCAUACUGUCUUUCUUCAAUGAAGAAGUGCGGCCGCAAACUUCAAGUACAACCACCAUACACCGAUGUGUCGUUCCAACCCAUUAACACCCUUCACAACAUGUCGUCACCACCACCACAAUCAGUCUUAAAACCGCCAUACCCUAACCCUCCUUUUGACUCUUCUAUGGCCUUAACUGUUCUUGUUCUUUUAUCAGCUCUUUUCUUUAUGGGAUUCUUCUCUAUCUACAUCCGUAGGUUCUCUACUGAACCAGCAUCUGAGUUCACUUCUCAUCACCCUGGUCCAGGGACACCGUCUAAUCAACGUCCGUCGAGGGUAGUCGGUGGUUCACGUAAAGGGCUAGACCCAGAAGUUAUCAAAUCGUUGCCGGUGUAUUCUUAUUACCAUGGGGAAGCAAAGUACCAGAUUGAGUGUGCAGUUUGCUUAGGUGAGUUUGAAGAGAAAGAGACAGUUAAGAGUAUACCAUACUGUAAGCACAUGUUCCAUUUGGAGUGUAUCGAGACGUGGCUUAAAUUGCAUGUGACUUGUCCUGUCUGUAGAGGGACCCAGUUUUUGGAGGUCAAGAGCAGGGACGGUGAUGGUGGUGAUGGUGGUGGUGGUUCGGAUAAGGUGGUGAGAAUUAGAGUUGAUGACGGCGGUAAUAGUAGCCAACAAGAUCAGGGAAGAUCAAUGGUGGGGGAUGCCGAUACAGGUAUUGAGUUGGGGACAUUGGGCACAGGGAGAACUGGUAAUUGUUCAAGUUUGGGAGAGAGGAUCCUCCUGUCAGAAACAUCUAGUUUGUGAUGCAAGUUUAUUUGUAGAUAUGUUACAUAAAUAAUAGACCUUUUCUAUAUUUCUAAUCAA